UGUGCGAGUGGAACUUCCCAGUGCCACCGACUUCAGUAGAAAUAUCAACACAGACUCGGAAGAGGCAGCAGACAGUGACGCUAUUCAGUGCAGUUCUGACGUGGAGAGUUUGGACACGCUAUUAUCUAUUUGUUACUUAUUUCCAACGUGUGUUUUUCGAGGACUAUUGUGGAUUAUAUCCCAUUUGUCUUGUAUUUGAAAGAUUGUUCUGCGUUUUCGUGGACUUGGAAUAUAGACACAUCUCACGUUUUGGAAAAUGUUUCCGGAAUCUAAAGCAUCACCCGGGUACACGUAUGACGAGUGCAGAGCCACUGCUGACUGGCUGCUGGAUCAGUUACAGGUGCGUCCUAAGGUGGGCAUCGUGUGCGGCUCUGGACUUGGUCGCCUUGCCCACGGGCUGAAGGACCAGCUGGUCUUCCAGUACGGAGACAUCCCCAACUUCCCCAAGAGCACAGGUGGGUAUUGGUCACAUCCCCCACUAACUUCCCCAAGAGCAAAGGUGAGACAUAG